AUGAUGUAUGUACAUAGGCACGAGAAUAUCGUGUUCUUUUCCUUCGAACUUCGGCAUUGUCUUCGCGCUGGACUGAGCAUGGCACGUCCCUGUGUUUCGGGUCCUGCGUCUGGACGACGGUGUUGGGCAGGAAGGUGCCUGGCGUUUGACAUGGUUGGUUUUGAAUCCAUUUCCGAGGCGUUGACAGGCUCUAUCAUGGGCAUUGUGCCUUUCGUUCUUGUCAUCUAG